UUGCUACUGUGGAUUAUCAACGACUUUCUUUCGCGAUGAAAAACUAACAUUUUAACGUAAACAAUUAGACGUUAACUAUGAAAGUGUUGACAUGUUUGUUUAUUAUACGGUCUUCGAUGUUAUUAUCCUUAUAUGGAGUUAUUGCUGCUGAAGACAAAGCUUUAGAGUCGUCUACUUCUGACGACAUUGAUGAAUCUAUAGAUAGCUUGGUAUCAGGCGAAUCAGAGAACGAUUUAAAGGAACAGACAACCAAGAUAUCAGACGGCAAUAGAAGACAAUAUAAUGGCUUUGAGAGACUUGAMGUGUCUCCAGUUAGCCACUUGAUUGAAAGACCUGUACAUCACGUCCAUUUUGUACCAAAACCGUAUCCAGUGUUAUCAGUACGAUACGUUCCUAAACCAGUAGCUGUACCCUACCCAGUMCCGACCACAUAUGAUAUCAGACAUGUACAUAUCAGAGAUCAUGUACACAAUGCCCCCUGCCAUAACAAAGCCAUAUAUGUCAAACUACCACACGACUAUUUCUGCAUCUGCCCCAAGUUAUUCAAGGGACGCACAUGUGAAGCACGUGAUUACUGUUCGUCCAACCCUUGUCUUAACCGUGGAACGUGUGUUGAGGCGACGGACACAUUCAAGUGCAUUUGUCCCACUCAAUACCUUGGGAUCGUAUGUGAACGUCGCAAUCCCUGCAAYCCAAAUCCAUGUUCAAACAAUGGGGAAUGUUCRUUAAUUGAUGACGAACAAGGAUACUUGUGUGCUUGUCAAGAAGGUUUUACAGGAGAUCGCUGCGAAAGUUUUAAUCGGUGUGAUCCUAAUCCCUGUAAAAACGGCGGCACAUGUCAGCGGGUUGCCAACGAAAAAUACCAAUGCGUAUGUCCAGUAGAGUUCAAGGGAACGUUAUGCACAGGUAACCCAUGUUGUUGUUCCGAGCCCAAGCAGUGUUUCAACAGUCCAUGUCAUAAUGGUGGUACUUGUCACGAGACUGACGUUGGCUAUAAAUGUACCUGUAGGAUUGGCUAUGUAGGACCAAACUGUGAAAAGCAUGUUUGUAGUCCGAACCCAUGCCACCACAUGGGUGUAUGCAAAGUACACUCUGGUCACUAUCAAUGUCUAUGUCCUGCUAUGUACAARGGAUACCGUUGUGAAAUCCCCCAYCCUUGUUAUACMCGUCCAUGUCGCAACAAUGGAGUCUGCGUUGACUCGUACAGYGGUUACAGCAUAUAYCCAGAUAAGUGGGACAUAGGAUAUCUYAACUACUUGUGCAUGUGUCCACCUGGGUUUCUUGGCGCCAACUGUGAAACGGAUAUCUGCAAGAACUGUGACGUCAAUGCCCAGUGCAUCAACAACACAUGCGUAUGUGUGGACGGUUUCGUUGGUAACGGGUUCCACUGCAAAAAAAUCAGACAUCCAUGCCGUCCUAAUCCGUGUAAGAACAAUGGAAUCUGUAAAGAACUGGACGGCGGACAGUAUGACUGUAUUUGUCCAAGUGGAACAACUGGACAACAUUGUGAAGAUAAGGAUCCUUGUUAUCCUAACCCAUGCCAAAAUGGUGGCAAGUGCGUAGUUAUGGGCGGUAUGGCCAAGUGCAUAUGCGAACACCCACAUACGGGACUUUACUGUGACGAUGUCAUUGAUCCUUGCUCCAGCCAUCUCUGUCAGAACGGUGGAACYUGUGUCAAUGAUCAAGGAAAAGCUGUGUGUAGAUGUAAAGGACAUUUUACUGGACCCACAUGUAAAGAAUGCUCAUGCCCCAAGGGUGACAAGAAAAGUAUACCGCCCAAGUUCUCGCAGGCGUGUGAUCCAAUGGGAGAAUGUUAUUGUGAAGACGAAAACAUGGUCAUUACAGAUGUAGGAUGUGCCAGAGGACGAACCUACACRCCGUGUGACUCGAAUCCAUGUAAAAACGGAGGGACAUGUGAGGUCGUGAACGGGGGCUUUCGUUGUAAAUGCACAGAAGAUUGGACGGGAACCGUUUGUGAACUGCCUGUUUGUACUGSCGAUUACUGUAAAAAUGGCGGUACUUGCCAACCACGUAACCACAAACCGUACUGCACAUGUCCAACUGGUUUUACUGGUUCUCAGUGCGAAAUUCCUAUACAGAAGUCUCCAAAAGAUGUCUGUCACCCAAAUCCAUGUUUGAAUGGAGGCACAUGUUCACCAAUCGAUGGCAGUUACGACUGUAUUUGUCAUGUGCAGUACACAGGUCCUCAUUGCGAAGUCGAUAAGUGCGCCAAAUGUGAUAUUCAUGCUGUCUGUAUUAAUGGAAAGUGUAAGUGUCGCCAUGGAUACGUAGGGACUGGUUUUGAGUGCGUCAAAGAUCGUAUCACGUGUCACGUUGUUUGUCCGCAAUACUCUUCAUGUGUAAAAGGUGCCUGCCAAUGUUUCCCUGGUUACACCAUGAACAACAUCAACCAGUGUAUCCUUCCACCAAGACCGUGCUUACCUCCCUGCCCACAGUAUUCUAAAUGUCACCUUGGGACCUGUCAUUGCAAUCCUGGUUACUUCAUGMAUGGUAACAAAUGCCUACGUAUCAGAGUUUAUGGUCUUAUGGGCAGAAACAAAAAGAAGAAGAAAGAAGAGGAUGAAGUGGUUGGCAACGUUCCCUUUCCUACCUUUUCAGCUACAAAUCCUCCUACCGUGCCACAAAUACCUCCUUCUCUUCCUACUACUGCUCCUCCAUCUGCUUCCAGCCCUGCUUCCCCGCCAGACGUAACAGAGCCUCCAACUGAACCACCUCAAGAAACAACUCCAAUAUCUUCAAUUCCACAGGUACGGCCUCCCGCCCCGGAAGGUCCUUCUUCACCAGCUGGGCCUCCACCCCCUGCCGAGCCGCCUUCACAAUUUAGACCUCCACUCCGGUAUGGGCCUCCUUCUCCAGCCGGGGCUCCUUCUAUUGUCGGACGGCCUUCCGCCUAUGCGCCUCCUUCKUCCUAUGGGCCUCCUUCUCCUGCAAGACCUCCUUUGCGUGGAGGUCCUCCUUCUCCACCAAGACCUCCUUUGCGUGCAGGCCCUCCUCCCCCAGCUGGCCCUCCCUCGUCUGACGGAUCUCCAGGGCCAGCCAGUCCUCCUUCUCAAGAUGGUCUUGCGGGCCUGCCUUCUCAAGGAGACUUUUCUGUGACAGCCAAUGAUCCUGUUCAAGAUGAUGCCCCUCAAUCCGACGAGCUGCCACCAGGUCCACURGAAUACAGCUUACCAGCCAAAACUACUUUACCAGUUGCACCUCCGACAUAUGAACGAAUCACAGGUUAUAUGCAACCCAUGCCCCAGUACGAGGCAGAAAGUCCACCAAGUUCCAACGAGAAUCAAGGAAAUAUCGUAGAUAAUCCAUACAUGUACAAUGACGCACUUCCUUCAAGCACCGCUGAACGGAGAGAACCUAGUAAAAGCUUACCCAAUCCGUACAUGUGGUACAGCUACCCACCAAUCCCACCAAGUAAUGCUGAACGCAGAGAACCCAGUAACAACUUACCAAAUCCAUACAUGUGGUAUGGCUACCCACCAACCCCACCUAGUACUGCUGAACGCAGAGAGCCCAGUAACAGCCUACCCAAUCCAAAUAUGCAGUACAGCUACCCACCACCUCCACCUAGUAAUGCUGAACGAAGAGAAUCUAGCAAUCGUGGUUCUUACAGAUAUCCACCAUCAAUGUAUUAUAAUUACAAAGGGUACCCAUAUACAUAUUAUUAUAAUUACUAUGCAGAUCGUGGAUAGACACUCAUUUCCAGUCCUCUUACAUUGUGUUCAAUUUACUACAUUAACAUAAUGCAAUGGAMUCAUGAAUUCAUUAUACAUUACUUUCUGUUUAAUUCCGGGGAACAUCCACGACAACAGAAUUGCUCUGACGAAAACAUCACAAUACAAAACAGAAUGAAGACAUAUAAGAUGUAUCUUAUAAAAUAUAAAAUCCUUAUCGUAGUGCAACAAYUUUUUUACAGGAUCUGUUUUAUUCAUCUCACAUCGAUAUCAUCUAUUCUAUAUAUAUUUCAGAACGUCACCUUGAAUCGAAACCCAAACAACUCAAACUUGAUUUUCGUUGUAUUAAAAGUCACCAUCGUCAAAUAGAAUCAAAAAACAACAACAACAAAAGACCCUUACAAACAUAUGACGCACUAACAAAGCAAAGGGCAGAGUCUAUAAUGAACAUGUACUUUAAUCAAAUGACGAAAAUGUUUUUUUUUACUAAUAAAAAAUUGAACUCA